UGCUAUAGAUCCAUGUGAACGGAAUGACCUGUCUUGAAAUUAAUAAAGAGCAAAAGUUCCCUUUGCCGUGCUUUAUUGUAUUUUAACCGAAACAGAGCGGACGCGAAGGGGGUUUUAUUUUGAAAGUCCUAACCGGAAAUCAACGCUCUCAAUCCCGUCGAACUUGACUGAAACCCUCGCCUGAACGACUCCGACCAACCCGGAACUUUUAAGUCAACUAAUCAUUCCUGAAAACUUGUUGCAAGGAGUUUCUUUCCCCCUCCGACGAGCUCAGACUGUUUCUCCCAGAAAAAAAAACCCCAAAACAAAACAAACAAACAAACAAACCAACCAAUUGGGGUGCAGUUGAGGAGUUGUGCCUGUCGAAGGGAAAAGAAAACAAAAGAAAAAAAAGGACCCGUUGCAAAUGUGUGUCGCCCCGAGCGCGGAGGCUCCUGCAGGACAGUAGCUCCCCCGACUCGCCUCGUCUCAGACCAGAUAAAGUGUGGUGGAGUCAAGAGGCGCCAAGAUGCCACAGCAGAAGGACAUAGUGAAGAUUGCCAUCCAGAUGCCUGGGGCCUACCCCCAGCUCAUACAACUGGAUCAGAAAAAGCCUCUGUCUGCUGUAAUAAAGGAGGUGUGUGAUGGCUGGAAUCUCCCAGGUCCUGACAACUUUGCUCUGCAGUAUGCUGAUGGAGUGCAGACGUACAUCACUGAAUCAAAUCGUCUGGACAUUAAGAACGGCUGCAUUCUGCGUCUGACCAAGGCACCGGGUCGCUGUGCGGAGGACUUGUUCAAGGGCAUUCAGAGCUCGGACUCGGGCGUGCGCUGCGAUUCGCUCAAGGAGCUGGCGAGCGUCUCCACGGACGUGACCUUCGCUCAGGAGUUCAUCAGCCGAAACGGACACCUCCUAUUGGUCAAGAUCGUAGAGGAUUCAAAGGAGAGCAAUGUGAUCAUGACCCACACACUGACGGGCUUCAUGGAACUAAUGGACCAUGGGAUAGUUUCUUGGGAGAACCUCUCAUCUGUCUUCAUCAAGAAGAUCGCCAGCUUUGUCAACGCCAAGCCGACCGACGCGUCAAUACAGCAGGUGUCCCUGGACAUCCUGGAGAGCAUGGUGCUGAGCAGCUACGGCCUCUUCCUGCAGGUCAAACAGGAAGUCACGAUGGAGAGGCUCAUCGCUCACCUCCAGGUGACAAAUCAGCAGAUACAGACCAAAGCCAUGGCCCUGCUCAUGGCCCUGCUGCAGACCGCCGGAGACUCGGACAGACAGGAUAUGUUCGCUUUCCUGAAUAAGAAGCAUCUCCGCCAGUACAUUUAUAAGAACAUCAUCCACAGUUCUGGUUCGGUCCAGGAUGAGAUGGCCCACUACCUCUAUGUCCUACAGUCAGUCACUCUGAAUCACCUGGAGCCACGCAUGAGGACGUCGCUGGACUGUUACAGCCAGGAGCAGAGAGAAAUCCUUCACGGUUUGCGGCAGGCGGCGUUUGAGACCGAAAGCGAGAACAGCCUGAGCCACGAGAGGCGACGCUCCCUCUGCGCCAAAGAGUUCAAGAAACUGGGCUUCUCCAACAACAGUAACCCUGGUCAGGACUUGGUGCGGACGCCUCCGGGUCUUUUAGCUUUGGACACCAUGUUUUAUUUUGCUUCACGCUAUCCUGAUGCCUACAGCAGGUUUGUCCUGGAGAACAGCAGUCGGGAGGAUAAACACGAGUGUCCGUUUGCCAGGAGCAGCAUCCAGCUCACACUCAUCCUCUGUGAAAUCCUUCGUAUCGGAGAGCCUCCCUCAGAGACGCGAUCCGACUACCACCCCAUCUUCUUCAGUCAGGACCGGCUCCUGGAGGAGCUUUUCUGUAUCUGUAUCCAGCUGCUCAACAAGACCUGGAAGGAGAUGAGAGCCACGCAGGAGGACUUUGACAAGGUGAUGCAAGUGGUGAGGGAGCAGAUCACCAGGACGCUGUCGAGCAAGCCGACCUCCCUGGAGCUCUUCAAGAACAAGGUCAACGCUCUCAACUACAGCGAGAUCCUCAAACUGCGGCAGACGGAGCGGCUGCACCAGGAAGAGACGCUCGCUCCACCUGUGCUUGAGCUCAAAGAACGCCUGAAGCCCGAGCUGCUCGAGUUGAUCCGUCAGCAGAGACUCAACAGACUUUGUCAGGGAACAAUGUUCAAGAAGAUUAGCAGCCGGCGCAGACAGGAUAAACUGUGGUACUGCCGCUUGUCGCCCAAUCACAAAAUGCUUCACUACGGCGACGUGGAGGAAGACACGGACAACCCGCCCAUAGAAACACUGCAAAAGAAGAUUCCAGUGGCAGAUAUCAAAGGGCUGCUGACGGGAAAAGACUGUGCUCACAUGAAGGAGAACAAAGGCAAACAGAACAAGGAGGUGCUGGACCUGGCGUUUAGCAUCACAUACGACGUAGAGGAGUACAGUCUGAACUUCAUCGCACCUUCCAGAACUGAUUUCUGCCUGUGGACGGACGGACUGAGCGUCCUCCUGGGCCGCGAGAUGAGCAGCGAAUCCAUGCGCAGCGAGCUGGAGAUCCUCCUCUCCAUGGAGAUCAAGCUCCGCCUCCUGGACCUAGAGAAUGUCCCCAUCCCCGACAGCGCGCCGACCGUCCCCAAACCGCCGAGCAACUACAACUUCUGCUACGACUUCAGCCAAACUGAGCAGUAAAGGGCGUGUGUUUGUGUGUCUGUGUGUGUGUGUGCACAGGCUGGAGUGCAACUAGGAUGUGUGAACGUGUAAAUAUAUAUAUAUAUAUAUAAAUGUGUGUGUGUUUGUGUAUGUGUAUAUGUGGUGAGGUUUUACCUGUGCAUCCACGCACUUAUUAACAGAUUGCUAACCCCGACAUUAGUAGUCGGUCUCCGCGGUGGCCUGGUUCUCUAUAUCCAAGUGAAACAUGAGAACAGUUGCAAGUUGUGGGUAAGAAUCACUACUACAUAAACAUCGAUCAGCUGCACUGACGCUGCGGAUUAUCACUGCUCAUCAUGGAAAGAUUUUUUCCCCCAUUUUCAGUCCUAUGAUGUUCCGCUCUCUGGAAACUUCAACAACUUCCAGAAACAAAACCUCUGUUGAUGUUGUAAAAAAACAACUACUCAAGAAAUGGUACCCUAAUUUUGUUUUAUAAUCAUUUUUUUUCAGUAUUUUUAAAUAGAUCUAAAACUAUGCAUGGUACAUGGAAUAUUCCUGUAUGCGAGACUGCUCGUUACUGGUCGAGGGUACUGACGCUUUGAUCCAGUCAGACUCCUCUAAAAAAAAAAUACAAUAUGUUUUCAGUGUCAAGACAAUAUUUUGCUUGAAUUUACCUAUGGUACUUAGGUACUCUGACGUCUUGUUAUAUAAUAAUGAAGAUCAGCUUCAGGUACCAAGAUGAUUUUUUUCCCCCUAAUUUGUUAUUAAGAAUAACAAUUUUUAUCACAUUUGCCUCAAUCAACAGUUUUAAAAAUGAGAAAAAAUAUGUUUUAUAUCCAACAAUCAUUCCUGUAACUCUGUAUGACACAGUAAGUAGUUAGUUUUGCCUGAACUUGUUAUUAAAUGAUGGAGGACAUGCUCUGUCACAUUUUUUGACAUCUGGUCAUUUCAUUUCAACACAGUCACAACUUCUCUCUGCAGUGUAUUCUCCUGAGACACCAGCCUCUGUGGUGAUGUUCACUUUGAAUCAUGAGCUUUGGGUGAAUUCACACAAAUAAACAGUUUGACUUAUAUCGAGAAAAUAAAACCAAGUAUGUGUUUUUCUUUCAGAGCAUGUGUGCAAAACUUUGGUUUAUUUUUUUUAAAUAAACAUCUUUCACACUUGAA